AUGAGGAUGGUGGUGCUGAGCCUGGGGCUGGCCCUGCUCUGCUUGCUCUGUGCCGAGGCUCAGGACCCUGGGGCUGCAGGACUGGACACGACCAAGAUUGCAGGGAAAUGGUACAUCACUGCUCUGGCCUCUGACUCCGAGAGAUACCUCCAAAGGAAGGACGAGCUGAAGAUGGCAAUGGCUACCAUGGAGGUCCUGAGGGAGGGUGACCUGAAGGUCUCCUUUGCAAUACCCACCCCAGAGGAAUGUAAGAAAUUUGAGUCGAUCUACAAGCAAACUGGCAUCGCGGGUGAAUACUACAGCCCUGACAGAGGCAACAGAACGGUGCAGGUGGUGGACACCGACGGCAAGACCUACGCUGUGAUCUUUGCCUCCAGAGUGAAGGACGGGAAGACCUUGCACAUGCUGAGGCUCUACAGUAGAACCCAGGAGGUGAGCCCCAAAAUCACAGCGCUGUUCAAGAAGCUUGCGAGGGAGAAGAGCUUCACCGACGAGAUGAUCAAGUUUCUGCCCAGCCAGG